AUGGAUGUCUUCAAAGUUCGACUGAACUGCAUCGACUUCUACCAAGCGACCCCGACCAAAUAUGACCCGCAGCUUCGCAACGAUGUGCGGCCGGAACAGCUGUCCCAGGAGCCCAAGGUUCCCGUCGUCAGGAUCUUUGGGUCUACUCAGACGGGGCAGAAAGUCUGCGCGCAUAUUCAUGGGGCCUUUCCGUAUCUGUACAUUGAGUACACCGGUGGCCUGGGCCAAGAGGAGGUGGGUGCCUACAUCUAUAGGUUGCAUCUUUCCAUCGAUCAUGCCUUGGCUGUGAGCUUCCGCCAAAAUGCCUACAACAACAAGAACAAAUAUGUCGCCAGGAUAACAAUCACCAAGGGUGUGCCAUUUUACGGCUAUCACGUUGGAUAUCGAUUCUUCCUCAAGAUCUACAUGUUCAACCCGAUGGUCAUGACCAGGCUGGCAGACCUGCUUCAACAGGGGGCUAUCAUGAAGAGAAGGUUCCAGCCGUACGAGGCCCACCUGCAAUACCUGCUGCAGUUUAUGUGCGAUUACAACCUCUACGGAUGCGACUACCUAGAAAGCGGCAAGACUGUGUUCCGGUCGCCCGUGCCCGACUUUGGCGAAGAGGAGGGCAGUUCUUCGUCAAUACACGUAUGGCACAGCUCGUCGAUCCCUCACGACCGCAUCACAGAAGAUCAUGCGCUGCCUCGCGUGAGCCACUGCUCGAUCGAAGUGGACAUUUGCGUCCAAGAUAUCUUGAACCGCAAGGCCGUCAAGGAAAGACGGUUACAUCAUGACUUUACCGAGAAGGAUCACCCUGUGCCAUCCAGCCUGAAAUUGGUCCACAGCAUGGCGGGGCUGUGGAAGGACGAGACGAAGCGUCGAAAACGGCGGAUGGGGCUGACCAAGCCCGGAAGCACGCCGUUCCCUCCUGAAGCACUUGUGUCCAUGUCUGCGGACCCACGAGACUCACAGCCUCAGGGUUGGAUCCACGAGGACGAGUACAUGCAACAGAUCCAAGACCUCAUCGCCCACGAGGCAGCAGCAAACGGGCAUUCAACGGUUUCUUUCGAUACCUUUGUACAACAGAAAAGGCUUGGAGAUGAUGUCAACACGAUGCUACAGUCUGUCGAGGACCUGUUUCCUCACAAGCUCAUGCCCGCUCUGGGCUUGCCACACCAGGUGCCAGAAGAGCAGAUCGUCGCAGCCCAAGAAGAAGAAGACGAAUUGUACCCCGAGGAUUCUGACGAGGAGCGAAUUCAAAAGGAAAAACUCGCCCGGAAGGCUUCCCAGCAACCCACGGCGAAUUAUUCGACAGCAUUUGUGGGGCGGUCCGCUGCUCGAGCAGCACCUUCACCACCGCCUGGUAAGGCGAAAUUUCGUCCCGCCAGACGCUACAAGGGCAUUGGCUUGAGCAAAGGGAAGACUGGACAGUAUCCUGUCCUCCCUAUCACGGAAGAGUUGAUUGAAGCUAUCAGCAGGGAAGGUUUGGCCGUCAAGGACACUGUGAGCCCGCCGUCACCAAACCCUGGUGAUGCGCUGCUCAAGAGGGCCAGCAGUCCAAAUUCUCGCGAAGACGAACGAAAAUUAUCCUUUGGUGUUGUCAAAGAUCCUCAAGACCCAAGUACGAUAUUGCGUCUGAGCCAACACAGCAGCUCUCAAAAGAGUGACGACGAAUUAAUAAAAAGGGAUGUCAGCUUUGGCAAGUCUCCCACCUCAGAACAAGUGCCUCCCAGUACAUAUAGAGCGGUCAAGUCGCCUGACACGGCCUCUUUGUACCGAUCUGGCACCCCCCCGUCCUCGGUAUUCAACGAACCACAGGCAUUCUUCUCUGAUGAUAGAUCUAUGUUGCUCGCUGGCGUCCUUGACCACGCUCCACCAACAGCUGCCGAGGUCUGUGCGACUAUGCAAGGCAAUGGGUUGCCCGAUGUCAUCUACCAAGACCCCUUUUACAGUCGGGAAAAAGAUGUCCCUCCUCGCAUGAAGGAGUAUGCCGGCAAAGAGUUCCGUCUUACUGGAAAUACUCUACCGUUCCUCCCUGAGUUUGACGCAACAGGUCAGUCGUCCGCUACAUUCGGCCGUCGUGUUGCGCCCGACGCAGACAAGAAGAGGCAAAACGACUUGGAGUACGAAAGGAGAAGCCAGCAAUGCUCCCUGCGCAGCUGGGAGAUUGCAGACCCCCCACCCACACUAGGUGAAGUCAGAGAGUGGUGGGCAGCCAAGCAGAAGAGCAAGCCAUUUCUGUCGCAGAUUGUCGGAGCGACGCCGAAGAACAAGCACGGGUUCAAGUAUUCACAGAGGAAGAAAACCACCAGUGUCGAACACGAAGCGCAGUACAUGAGUACGAUGAGUCUAGAGGUUCACGUCAGCACGAGGGGGAAGCUCGCCCCGAAUCCUGAAGAGGAUGAAGUCCAGUGCAUCUUCUGGGCCACCAAGUCGGACGAGAACUUCCAGGCCGGCAGUCAGGCCGAGAGCACUCUCUGUGGGAUCAUUGUGGUUUCGGAGGAUGGCAUUCUGGCGGAACGAUUGCGCAGGCACACCAAAGUCGAAGUCUUGGAAGAACUCACUGAACUCGACGCCAUGGUGCGAAUGGUGGAGACUGUCCGGAACCAUGAUCCAGACGUCCUUACCGGAUACGAGGUUCAUGGCAGCUCCUGGGGCUACCUCAUUGAGCGAGCCAGGCACAAGUACGACUACAACCUGUGCGAUGAAUUCUCUCGCGUCAAGACCCAGUCUCACGGGCGAUUCGGCAAGGACUCUGACCGCUGGGGAUUCAACACUACGUCGACCAUUCGUGUUACUGGACGCCAUAUGAUCAACAUCUGGCGAGCAAUGCGAGGUGAGAUGAACCUGCUUCAAUACACCAUGGAGAAUGUUACUUGGCAUCUCCUUCACCGGCGAAUCCCACAUUACAACCACCGGACGCUGUCAGACUGGUAUGCCAGCGGCCGUCACGCAGAUUUAGCAAAAGUCCUCCAGUAUUAUAUCUCGAGGACCAAGUUGGACAUCCAAAUUCUCGAAGAGAACGAACUGAUCCCUCGUACGAGCGAACAAGCGCGUUUGCUAGGCGUGGACUUUUUCUCGGUCUUCUCCAGAGGCUCUCAGUUCAAGGUCGAAUCAAUCAUGUUUCGGAUCGCCAAACCCGAGAACUUUGUCCUUGUCUCUCCAAGCAGAAAACAGGUCGGUGGGCAAAAUGCUCUGGAGUGCCUACCGCUAGUCAUGGAGCCUCAGAGCGCGUUCUACAGCAGUCCUGUGUUGGUGCUUGAUUUCCAGAGCCUGUAUCCUAGUGUCAUGAUCGCCUACAACCUUUGCUACUCGACAUUCCUAGGAAGAAUUGUAAACUGGCGGGGCACCAACAAAAUGGGAUUCACCGAAUAUAAACGCCAGGAGAGGCUGCUUGAGCUCCUUCAAGACUACAUCAACAUCACACCAAACGGCAUGAUGUACGCCAAAGUCGAGGUUCGAAAGUCCCUGCUGGCGAAGAUGCUCACAGAAAUCCUCGAGACCAGAGUCAUGGUCAAGAGCGGCAUGAAGCAAGACAAAGCCGACAAGACCCUGCAGCAGCUCCUGAACAACAGGCAACUCGCCCUCAAGCUCCUCGCCAACGUCACAUACGGCUACACCUCGGCCUCCUUUUCCGGCCGCAUGCCGUGCUCCGAGAUAGCAGACAGCAUUGUCCAAACCGGCCGCGAGACCCUCGAGCGCGCCAUUGCCUACAUCCACUCCGUCGAGAAAUGGGGCGCUGAGGUUGUGUAUGGCGACACGGACAGCCUUUUCAUCCACCUGAAGGGGCGCACGCGCGACCAGGCCUUCGACAUUGGCAAUGAAAUCGCAAAGGCUAUUACCGACAUGAACCCGCGGCCCGUGAAGCUCAAGUUCGAGAAGGUGUACCACCCGUGCGUGCUCCUUGCCAAGAAACGCUACGUCGGCUACAAGUACGAGAGCCGCGACCAAGUCAAGCCGGAGUUUGACGCCAAGGGCAUCGAGACCGUCCGCCGUGACGGGACGCCGGCGGAGCAGAUGAUCGAGGAGAAGGCCCUCAAGCUUCUCUUCGAGACGGCGGACCUGAGCCAGAUCAAGAGCUACGUCCAAGCCCAGUGCGCCAAGAUCAUGCGAGGGCAGGUAUCGGUGCAGGACUUCUGCUUCGCCAAGGAGGUGAAGCUCGGCACAUACUCAGACAAGGGCCCACCGCCGCCGGGUGCCCUCAUUGCGACGAGAAAGAUGCUUGCAGACGCCCGCGCCGAGCCGCAAUACGGCGAGCGCGUGCCGUACGUCGUGGUCAGCGGCGCUCCCGGCGCACGCCUGAUAGACCGCUGCAUCGCACCUGAGGAUCUGCUCGACAACGACCACCUCACGCUCGACGCUGAGUACUACAUCACCAAGAACCUGAUCCCGCCGCUGGAGCGCAUCUUCAACCUCGUGGGUGCCAGCGCGCGGCAGUGGUAUGACGAGAUGCCCAAGGUACGGCAAGUCCGGCGCAUCCAGCCCGGCGGCCCCGAGAAGAAGAAGGUCACACUCGAGAGCUACCUCCGCCCGGCGAGCUGCGUCGUGUGCAAUAACAAUGACCAAGAAACGUCAAUCAUCUGCCGGCGGUGCAGGCACAACGCACCCGCCUCGCUGGUCAGGCUACAGGGCAGGCUCAACAACAAGGAGAGGCGGUAUGCAGACGUGGUCAGGAUGUGCCAGAGCUGCGCGGGGCUGUCGCCGCUCGACGAGGUCCACUGCGACAGCAAGGACUGUCCCGUUUUCUACUCGAGGAUGAAGGAGGGUGCGCGCAUGCGCGGCGAGAAGGCGGUGCUCGAGCCGGUGAUCCAGAAGCUGGCGAGGCUAGGCAUCGGGCCUGGCGAUCUGGACUGGUGAUGAUAGCGUAGGUCCUAGUGGGGAGGGCCUCUAUCGUUUCUAUCCUUUCUUUCCUCUUGUCUUUUUUCUUAUUGCUUUCGUUCCUUACAAAAGGGAGGGGCUUCUAUCUGGUCUUAUUGUUACUGUUUCAUGAUGACGCUGGUGAUACGAUCAUGAUUAUCCUCCCAAGGUAAGGAGGAAUUGGAGUAUGGGGAGGUUGGAAACACAAGUUGGUCUUUUCUUCCCUCGUAUUGGGUGGACUUCUUGUAUUACGCAUACACGCACACGAGAUGCAAAGGCAAAUGAUACGGGGGACACCGCGCGGCUGUACAACGUACAUGUAGGUUUGAUCAUUUAAUCAUUAGAGCCAAUUCUAAGUACUUACUACUACU